GGAAAUCCGUCAGUGUGAUGUCAAAGCCUGUGGACAGUCGAGAGGCGGGUCUGAAGGAGCCCAGGACGUCCAACUCCACAGCGUGUCUGAGCAAAAUGAAACAUGGAUGAGGAGGUCGCUGAAAGUUGGGAGGAAGCUGCUGAUAGUGGGGAAAUGGAAAAACGGUUAGAAGAGAAGCUAAGGAUCAGCCAAAAAGAAAAAGAGUCCAGCAAUAUUUCCUCACGAUCUCCACUGAGGACAACCAUGGUGAUACAGGAUGACUCCCUACCAGCAGCCCCCACACCUCAGAUACGCAUUUUGAAGCGGCCUGCAAGUAACGGGUCAUUGGGAUCACAAUUAAAUCAGAACAGGCCUACGCCACAGGUCAAGUCUCUGGCCCAGCGUGAGGCAGAGUACGCCGAGGCCAGGAAGAGAAUACUGGGCAGCGCCUGCCCAGAGGAGACGCCUCAGGACAAACCCAACACAGACAGGGCAGGGCGCAAUAAUUCUACAUUGCCUUCAGAGGACACCCGAUCAAACAAUCACACUGUCCGGCAGCCAGCCGGCCCAGACGGCACCCAAGGGUUCCGACAGCACAGAUAAGUGGACCCUGGGGCCACCCAGCCAUUGAGGGGAGAAAGAUCAAGGGCCACCAGAGAGCAAAGACAGUACUGUGUUCUUAAAACUUCCUUCCUUCAAUUCCAGUAUAUCAGAUGGGCUGUGAGUACAGCCGCACCUCUGCCCCACUCUUCCCACUAGCAGUUGCGUGGAACUGUCAGGGAGUGAGGAACUGCAGGUGGAAGUCAAAUAGAAAUAUGCUCUCUUCUCUCCCCACUCAAGUCUGUUUGACACUGUGAUUAUGGACAUCUUCUGGACUCACUGUGAUGAUCCCUUUAAAAGACGCCCUCACCUCCAUCUCUCCUCCUCCAGUGCCCAGUGGCUCCGUCUCAAGAUGCCGGCAGAAGCAAAGACUUAAAGUGAGAGGAGCCGCAGUGAUGGGCCCUUAGCAAAAUGAGAUGAGCUGGUACUCGGGCAGCAGCUUCUCCCCAGCAAUAAUACCAGACAUCACUUACACACCUUUUACAUACAUGUUUUUAAUUUUCAGAUGUUUGCUCACUAAAUUUUUAUCUUUUGUUUUCUUGCUUGUCUUUAAUCAUCUAUACUAGGGAUGCUCUGGUAUCUGCAGAGUGCUGAUAAUCAUACUUCACAUCAUACAUACACCACAAAGGACCUGUUCAUUAAAACAGUAUUUAAUACUGAGAUUUUUUUUUAAAUAAACCUAACAAUAUCUGCAGUUUUUAUGGAAUAGGAAGUUUUCACAUUUUUCACCUUUGUUUGAUGGUUAAAUAGUCUCUACGUCGUGUUUAGGUUUCUGCGUAAAGUUUAAACACAGACAGCUUGUGGUGGGCUGCAGGUUGUGGUGUCAGAUGCCCCACAGUAAACUCACCAUUAAAGCCGAGUAUCAAACCGGUACUUGUCUGGUAACUGAGCUGUGAGCAUUAUCAGUGCACCCCUACAAUGUAAAAUUGCCAUUUGUUUUUAAAAACUGAGGAUCGUGAGUGUCAAGUUGUUUAUCUGACAAGUUCUGUUUAAGGUUUGUCUUUUGUUUUUUAAUUGAGCUUUUCAGCUGUCUUCCUUGGACCGUCACAUCAUUAUUUCUAUUUAAAGGCAAAAAAAAAGAUAUGAAAAGAAGGUUGUGGAUUCAAGUCUGUUUUUAAGUAGCUUUUCUGCCUUUUGUAUGAGAUGGCAGCGAUGUCAGAGCAGUAUUUUAAUCGAAGCGAACCAAAAUCCCAUUUUAAAAUCAGCCUGUAUAUACAUCAGUUAACUCAGAUGUCAUUAUUUGAAGGCGGUGUUGGCAACAACUCCAGGGAGGGUCAGAUGGGAGGAAUGAAUUUACUGCCGUAGUUCACAAACCUCUCCAUCAUAUAACCACCUCGUCAGCAGCGUGCUCGUUUCUUCAUGUCCUUUACUGACGUACAGUACGUAGGAACUCAGGUGCAAGUGAACGAGACUGAAUGAAUGAAAUGAACUAAGAUUGUAUUUUUCCAGUGGGUUCCAUUGCUCAAAAAGCAAGUGUCCGUAAUAAAGCUUGGGUUGGCACUUUGUUAGAAACAGUGCUAUUCAGUGAAAUGUAACUGAACGAUGUCCACGUCCCAAGAUGAAUGAAUGCCAGGGUUUCUUUUUGGUUUUUUUUUUUUUGUCCGAUUGUUAGCAUCUUAAUCACAUCAGAAACGUAACAUUACCCCACUGAUUGUUCAGUGACUGAUGGUCCUCUGCUGAAAUAGAAAAUGGAGACACAGCUGUAUGUAAACCAGAGAGGUAGUGACUAGUUGUAUGACCAGAACCAUUGUGCCCAAUAGAUGUUCUUUAUUUGUCCAAACAGAGAAGAGAUCUCAAUAAAGCCAUAUUCAGUGGUGCACAUCAUCAAUAGAAACGUUCUUGUAAUGGUCAAAUUCAGCUUGUGCCUCCCGUAUCACAUCUUUGCUUCCUGGUUGUCGAUUUUGUUACUGUACUUAAAGAAACCGAAUAUAUCCGAGGGAGUAUUCACAAUACUGGUAAGAGAUUCUAGUUCAGGAAAGAAAGCAGCAGAGCAGGAGACAAACGGGUGUAGCUGAGCUCUGAGUGAGAACACAAACUGCCUGUAAAUACUGAUUUAAUAAAAUGAUUUGCAAGAAA